CGAUGCCAUAACAUAGACCGCACUACUCGUGUCUCAUCACUUAUUUUUAAUAUUAAAUUAAAAUAAAUUAAAAUUAACUCAAAAUGUUCGGUACAAAAUCAGUUUUUAGUUUGUUUAUGAUUCUCAGUGUUUGUUACGGUGCCGUUGAUAUAAAAAAAUAUUUAAAAGUAUGCGACAGAAAUGCAAUAGACGCGAAUGACUGUAUGGCGGAGGCAGUGCGACAAGGCAUUGCAACGAUGAUCAAUGGCAUAGAGGAGCUAGGAGUGCCACCCAUAGACCCUUACUUGCAGAAGGAAUUUCGUAUGGAGUACAAGAAUAAUCAGCUCCUGAGGUAUAUCUGGAUGGCCUAA